AUGUCAAUAAGAACUUGGAAUAAUAGACACAACAGCGGUAGCCUGGAAGGCUAUCAGAAGACCUCAUCGCCAAUUGGCCUCACCCACAGCAGCCGACUUAAAGUGCACUUGAAGUCAAACACGUCAGAGUGUGAAAAUCGUGACCCACUAUUGAGUGCUGGAAGCAAACCCAGAGACAUAAAUAGCACUUACGUUAUCUCCGCCUGUGAAAAAACAAGUGAGAUGCCCGUUACCCCUGACUCCAGUCGACUGACCCUUCAGAGAAGGGCUACUUGGAACAAGGAAUCGUCUUUACUUGGUAGUGAGCUGGGAGCCACUACUAGAAAACCAGCAGAUACGAGUCUUAGGCUGCGACGUCGUCAGGUGAACACAGGCUUUGUGGGAAAGAUGGAAACGACAUACACGGUGGGAGGUGACACGGAAAACAGCCACGCCCCACAGGCCACUAGGACAAAAGCAGAACUUGUAAGUAACAACGCGCGUGCCGUGUCGUCUGUAGUUUCCGGGGAAGGCUCAAAUAACAUUGGAGUGAUGGUUGGUGAAAAACGCAAAGAUGCAUCAUUUCCUGCCCUCAGUUCCGUAAGUGAAAGGGGGGCAGUUAAGAACUCAAACAGCAGAGCGCCUGGGGGUCCCCAGUGUCAAGCUGGUGUUGUGAGAUCAGGUCACCUAGCAGGGAAACCGGUGGUGGCGGCGAGCAAGCUGGAUGUCCACAUGUCAGGAGCAGGAGACUCACACCGUGGAAAUACUGCGAAGGACAUUGUAAAAAAUGUCAAUAAAUUUGGAAGCUUAGAAACAAGGACCCCAGGGAAAUGCAUUCCAGAACCCGGACUGGCGCCAAGGCAUGACCUCCCUCCACCGAAAAGCCCAGCUCUCUCAACCCUGAAAAACAGGAUGGCAAGCCCUCAGGUGAAACCCAGGCCCAAAAGUUCUCUUCUGGCAAAUAAAAGAGAACGAUCCCAAGAAAGCACACUGCCUCCAGAAGAAAAAUCUGCAGUUCAGAAUACCUUCGCAGAAGCAGACUCCUUCAGAGUAGAAAACAGCCAAGUGACGGUGGCCGUGCGGGUGAGGCCUUUCAGCAAACGAGAGAAGAUGGAGAAAGCAUCCCAGGUUGUCUUCAGGAAUGGGGAAGAAAUAACCGUGGAGCAUCCCGAUAUGAAACAAGUUUAUAGUUUUGUCUACGAUGUUUCGUUUUGGUCUUUUGAUGAGGGUCACCCUGGCUAUGCUGGCCAGACGACUGUGUACAAGACGCUGGCAGCACCGCUCCUCCAGAGAGCUUUUGAAGGCUAUAACACCUGCCUCUUUGCUUAUGGCCAGACUGGCUCUGGGAAGUCCUAUACAAUGAUGGGACUUAAUGAAGAACCAGGAAUAAUUCCGAGAUUUUGUGAAGAUCUUUUUGCUCAAGUAGCCAAAAAACAAACCUCGGAGGUCAGCUACCAUCUUGAAAUGAGCUUCUUUGAAGUUUAUAAUGAGAAGAUUCAUGACCUUCUGGUCUGUAAAGGUGAAAAUGGGCAGAGAAAACAACCACUGAGAGUGAGGGAGCAUCCUGUUUCUGGACCGUACGUUGAAGCUCUGUCGAUGAAUGUUGUCAGUUCUUACUCUGAUAUUCAGAGUUGGCUGGAACUGGGAAAUAAGCAAAGAGCAACGGCGGCUACCGGCAUGAACGAUAAAAGCUCCCGGUCCCACUCAGUUUUCACCCUGGUGAUGACCCAGACCAAGACAGAAUUCGUCGAAGGGGAAGAGCAUGACCACAGAAUCACAAGCCGCAUAAACCUCAUAGAUUUGGCUGGCAGCGAGCGCUGCUCUGCCGCCCACACGAGUGGGGAGCGACUGAAGGAAGGUGUAAGCAUUAACAAGUCCUUGCUGACUCUGGGGAAGGUCAUAUCUGCACUCUCCGAGCAAGCAAAUGGAAAAAGGGUUUUUAUUCCAUAUCGUGAAUCCGUUCUUACGUGGCUCUUAAAAGAAAGCCUGGGUGGGAAUUCCAAAACAGCGAUGAUUGCUACCAUCAGUCCUGCUGCCAGCAACAUCGAGGAAACACUAAGCACACUUAGAUACGCCACCCAAGCCCGCCUGAUAGUCAAUAUCGCCAAAGUCAACGAAGAUAUGAAUGCAAAGUUAAUUAGAGAACUGAAAGCAGAAAUUGAGAAGUUAAAAGCUGCUCAGAGAAACAACCGGAAUAUUGACCCUGAACGGUAUAGACUCUGCCGACAGGAGAUAACAUCCUUGCGGAUGAAGCUGCAUCAGCAGGAGAGAGACAUGGUAGAGCUGCAAAGAGUAUGGAAAGAAAAGUUCGAACAAGCUGAGAAAAGAAAACUUCAAGAGACAAAGGAGUUACAGAAAGCAGGAGUUACGUUUCAAAUGGACAACCAUCUGCCAAACCUUGUUAACCUCAGUGAAGACCCACAGUUGUCAGAGAUGCUACUCUACAUGGUGAAAGAAGGAAUCACUACAGUUGGGAAGUAUAAGCCAGACUCAAGCCAUGACAUCCAGUUAUCCGGAGUGCUGAUUGCGGAUGACCACUGUACCAUCAGAAAUUUUGGAGGAACAGUGAGUAUUGUCCCAGCUGGAGAAGCAAAGACAUAUGUAAACGGGAUGCACAUUUCAGAGCCCACAGUAUUACAUCAUGGUGAUCGGGUGAUUCUUGGUGGAGAUCACUAUUUUAGAUUUAAUCAUCCGGUGGAAGUCCAGAAAGGGCUAAGACCGUCAAGUAGACAAACUCUCAAAAGUGAAGGUCCAAAAGAUUUUGAGUUUGCCAAGAAUGAGUUACUUAUGGCACAGAGAUCACAGCUUGAAGCAGAAAUAAAAGAUGCCCAGCUAAAGGCAAAGGAAGAAAUGAUGCAAGGAAUUCAAAUUGCCAAAGAAAUGGCUCAGCAAGAGCUUUCUUCCCAAAAAGCUGCUUAUGAAAGCAGAAUCCGGGCCCUGGAAGCAGAACUGAGGGAAGAGUCUCAAAGGAAGAAAAUGGAGGAAAUAAAUAACCAAAAGGCUAAUGACAAAAUUGAGGAGCUGGAAAAGGCAAAGCAGCAUCUUGAACAGGAAGUGUAUGUGAACAAAAGGCGACUGGAGAUGGAGACUUUGGCUACAAAGCAGGCUUUAGAAGACCAUAGCAUCCGCCAUGCAAGAAUACUAGAAGCUUUAGAGACUGAAAAGCAGAAAAUCGCUAAAGAAGUACGAAUUCUUCAGGAGAAUCGGGGAAACAGGGAUAAAACUUUUAUAAUUCAGCCAAACUGGAGCUCCAUGAAACUCUCCAUGAUGAUCCAGGAAGCCAACGCCAUCAGUGACAAACUUAAAAAAUACUAUGUUUUUGGCAGACAUGAUACAUCAGGCAGAGGUCAUUCUGAUACUUCUGUUCGAGUUCGUAACCUGCAGCUUGGAAUCUCAACUUUCUGGAGUCUGGAAAAGUUUGAAUCUAAACUUGCAGCAAUGAAAGAGCUUUAUGAGAAUGAUGGUGGUAACAGGGCUGAGGAUGUCUUUUGUGAUCCUGAAGAUGAAUGGGAACCUGACAUUACGAGCACGCCAGUUUCUUCCCUGUCUAGAAGGAGGAGCAGAAGUUUGAUGAAGAACGGGAGGAUUUCUGGUUGUUUCCAUGACAUACAGGCCCAUCCAAUUCAGAACCUGCAUUCUUCACACUCGUCAGGUUUAAUAGAAAAAUCAAGUGCCAUUUACCCAAAUUCAUCAGAACCCUUUCUUCCUGGAAUUUGCAAAGAAUUGAUUGGUUCGUCAAUAGACUUUCUUGGACAGAAUUAUGAUGAAGAAAAAUCUAUAGCAGAUAGCCUGAUGAGUAACCUUCUUAAACUUUAUAACGGGCUGCUUGCCAUUUCCAAAGCCCAUGAAGAACAGGAUGAAGAAAGUCAAAAUAACUUGUUCUCUUCUGACCGGGCGGCUCAGGCCCUCACCGUCCAGAUUGCUUGUGCCUUUGAGCAGCUUGUGGUUUUGUUGAAACACUGGCUGGAUGAUUCUCCACCUGGUACCCGCUCAGCAAGGCUUGAAGAUGAAUUGAGACAAGAUAUUAAAAAGCUGGGAGGCUAUUUACAAUUGUUUUUGCAGGGGUGCUGUUCGGAUAUUUCAUCAAUGGUACAAGAGGCUCGAAACAAAGUCAUCCAGGUGAUACUGCAGGCUGUUCAGUGUGUGGCUCAGCUGGCCGUUCUGAAAGGGAGUAGGCUCUGUCUUCUGGAGAACAGCAACAGGAGCUCCAGUGCCCAGGAAUUCACAAGUGCUCUUCAGGAAGGCAUAGCCUUGGGGAUGAAGAGUCUCUUAGAUUCUGGGCUGGAAAAAGCACAGGAACUCGAGCGAGACCUCUCCAGGCAGAGUGCACAUGAGGAGGUCGCCGAGCAGAUGAAGGCUAAUGCCGUGGAACUGGUCAAGUCUCUUGGGAACACCUUUGCUGAAUGGAGACUAAAAAACUUCAGAACUCAAGUACAAGAAGGUUCUAGGCAACAAGGUUCCAGGAUGGUAACUCUUGCAUCAGAGUUCUUGAAGUUAAAAUGUUGCUUGGAGAAAACCAUUGAGAUCAUUACAUCUGCACUGAGAGGGUGCCCCAGUGACCUGCACUGUCUCAGAAGCUGUACUGAAACGCUCUGCACCCUGGCUCCCAAGCUCCACAGUGACGUCAUUGGGCCCUCUGCCUCUGCUGGCGGCUGUGGGAAACUAGAAUCUCUAGCUAAAUCACUCCUCUUCUGUUUUGAAUGUGGAGAAAGACCUGGUUUGUUGAAACCUGAGGAAUCUCGUGAUCAGCAAAGCGAGGUAGAGCAGUGUGAGUCAGGCGGGGCUGACUGCAGCGCAGGUGUGCCAGCGUGUGCUGGUGAACCCCACAGAGACACGUCCUCAGCGGUGUCCUCACAGGCCUGCACCCCCAAUAGGAUUCAGUGGGUGUGAAACCAUUGCACAGGCACCUGGUGACUGUCCAUGACCAAAAAGGACACUUGGUGACGCUUUUCCUCACACAGGAGAAUAUGUGUGUAAAUGCUUAGAGUUCCUGUCUAUGCGGAGCCUCAUAUCAGGUGAUAUUAUCUGUGACAAUACCAACAGAUGGAGUCCUGGCUUCAAAUGCCUCAGUGUGGCUCAGAAUUUCCUAAGCAAAUGAUUUUCAGACAAGGAGUUUACCAUGUUGAAACAUUGGCAGCCAAAUGAAAUUAGGGUCUCAGGGCCACGUGAGUGACUGUGUCUCCAGUUCCUCGUUGCCUUGAAUUCUGAAUGUUUACCUUGAACGCUGCUGUACUGUCUCUCUCUACCUGGUUCACCAGCCUGUUCAUAGACGGGUACUUUCUCAUGCAUGGACAUCUGAGCAGGUGGUAACUUUGGGCCUGUGCAUUCUCUCCCCCAAAUGCAGCAGAGAGGAUUAGGGUGGUGGUGAAAUUCUCAGCACAAGUUUAGCUACAACUCUGCCGAGUGCUUACCUGCUUGCCAUCUUCAGUAGUAAAUGUGUAAUUUUUGUUUCUUUUCAAACUGUAAUACCUAAAAGUCACCCAGAUCAUAAUUUACUGUGUUAGCUGUGUUCUGUAAUGGGAACUAUAUUCAUAAAAUUUUGAGGUAGUGUCACUUGGGGAAUCAGAGGCUGGCCCUUUUUUAUAGUGCUUGUUUUGCUAAAGGGUAGCUAGUUUACGUGUUGUUUGAUGAAAACGGAGGAUCCUUAUUAUAUUUCAUAGCUUUAAAAGACCCUUCAUCUACAAUCAAGUAAUAAAGAUAAUAUCCUACUUUAGGGUUUAACUUAAGGAAAUAGUUUAACAUUUUUGACCUCAAGGAUAUGUGUAACUUGAGAAGGUACAUAGUAUCUUUGCCUGGGUGACCUAAGCAGGUUCUGGAGGGAAAUUCUCCGGAGUCGUAGCCUGACCCUUUCUCUUGUUCCAUUCGAGGUCGCUGGGUGAAGCUGGCUUGCGUUCACCCGUCAUUUUCUCUAGGGGAGAGACUGUAGAGCAGCCUGGGGUGGUUGGCGGGGCAGUGACACCCGUGCUUCUGGGGCUUUGAAGCGGUGCGGUGCAGUCACCGGGCCACCCUGAGCGGACUGCUCCUGUCUCAAGUGUGGCAAUGCCGAGGCUUUGUUCCCAUUUUCCUUUUGUUAUUUUGGCCGCUUGUGUUUUCUUUCUGAGGCUCACUGCGGAUCAGUCUGUGUUUUGUCAAGCAGCACUUCUGUUCCUGUUUGAUAAACUGAAGUACACAGAAGCAUCUGUUCUGAAGAUUGUGCUUCUUGAACUCACUGAAUUAGAUGGAGAUUUUUACCUUGCUGCGCAGCAGUUAAUCUUUAGUUUCUCUGUCCCUUCUCCCAGUGCAGCCUAGCCCCGUUAUCUUGCUGCCUUCACCUCCUGAGUGCUGGGGUCACGGUGCACACCCCAAACCCAGCUAGUGUCUAUUUUCUAAACUCAUGUCUGUCCUCAGAAAUGUUUCAGGUAUGCUUGUAAGCUUAUUUAUAUUUAUGCUGAAUAAUUUGUGAUACUGUA